GAGCCCUCUACAGGGACGUCAUGCAGGAGAACUACCAGACGGUGACCUCGCUGGGAUUCCCCCUUCCCAAACCUGACCUGAUCACCCGGCUGGAACGAGGGGAAGAGCCGUGGGUGGCCGAUCUCCAGGCCUGUGAGGAAAGAGGGAUCCUGAGAGGCACCCACACAGAGCUUUGGAGCAACAAGCCAGGACAAGCACAACCACUUUUGAGGAGUCCACUCGGUUCAGCCUCUGGAGUCCAAUAGCUUUCUUCCCUCCCCAGCCUCUGGCUAGAAAUCUGAGGUAGCCAGAAGGAUCCCAUGUGCAAU